AUGCACAAAGACUUUAAUUACGCAAUUGAAAUUAUGGAGAUAGAGAAAUUAAAAUUGCAUGAAUAAAUUGAUUAUCUUUAGUAAUAAAUAUAACAAUUGACAAAUGAAUAUAGUGAUAAGAUUUUAGAAAAAGAUGAAGAAUUAGUUACAGCCUUUAUAAAAAUGCAAUAAGCAGAAAGAUUAAAUAAUGAAUUAGUUUAAAAAUUAUAAUCAACAAAAAAAAAUGAAGAAUAACUUAAUAAUGCAAAUUAUAAUUUCAUUACUCUACAAAGAAAAUUAGAUCAUCAAAUUUAAGAAAAUUAAAAACUAGAAUAAAAAGUAAAAUUACUAUAGGAAUAGAGCAUGCAAUUCUAAUAAAAAUGGUAAAGAGUUUCAAUGCAAUUAAAAUAAUAAACAACUCAAAAAAUAAGUGCUAGAACAAUAGAAUAAUAAUUAAGUCUCAAAUAGGAUGAGUGUUAAUAACUUAAAGAGAAAUUAGUUCAAUAUCAAUUAGAAUUAACUAUUGUCAAAUAGAGUGAUUAAGAGUAUAAGUAAUCUAUUCAUUAGAAAAUGUAAGUACUUUAUUAGGAAUUGACAGAAGCUUAAUAAAAAUUAUAAUAAAAUUAAUAUAUUUCAUAAUAACACAAAUAAGAAUGCUAAUAAUGUGAGUAUUAUAGAAAUCAAAAUGAAUAAUUAAAGUAAAUGAUCAAUUAAGAUUAAAUCUCAUAAGAAUAAAAUAGAAUAAAUAAUUAAAUUGUAUUAUAUUUAAUAUUAUAAAUAGAAUUAACAAUAGUAAUAGUAAAUGAAAGAAUACUAAAAUAGACUUAUGGAAUUGGAGUAUGAAAAUUAAAAUUUAAAGUUAUAGAUCUAAUUACCUGAAUCUAUAAGUAAUCUAAAAAAUCAUGAUUGUCUCAACAUUAAAUCUAUUAUUAAUCAUCCUUUAUACAUAAAGAUGACAAAAUUGGUUGAGUAAUUAACUAAUCAAACCUAAUAAGAAUUAUUUAGAAAAUCAUUACAUGAGCUAGGAUUAGAAAUUGAAAAACGAGAAAAUAAAGAAUAAUAAUUAUAGGAGUGUAGAACUAUGUAUGAUAGAUUAUUAAUUAAAUAUUAUGCAUUACAAAAGAGUAUUAAUAAAAUUGAAGAGAAUUCUAAUAAUAAUAAUAAUCAUAAUAAUAAUAAUAAUCAUAAUAAUAAUAAUAAUAAUAAUAAUUACUAUGCAACUUAAUAAAUUACAUCAUCUAAAUAAUAAACUUAAUAAAAGAAGACAAAUUAAUUGGAUUCCUUUUUAUAAGAAUAGGAAACAACUAAAUAAAUGAAAUAAUCAAUAUUUUCUAAUACACCAAAAUAGAGAGUCAAUAAUAAACUAAAUUUAAGUUUAGAUAGUUGUUAAUUUAAAAAAUGA